UAAGUCACCCAGCACCAUCUGGGAGGCUGCACAGUUUGGACAGCAGCUCUGCCCUUUAACGCACGAUCUCCCUGUUUGCACCCCGCUGGCUGCGGGCGCACAGCAGCAAUCUCCUGCCUUGGCUCAGUGCGCUCCUACCGAUAGACCCGACAGCAGCACCUGCAGCGGCCGACUUUUACUUAAAUAUCGCAUGGACCCUUCUUUUCUAAAAAAGAACAAGUCUUUUUCACCUUCCCAAUGGACAUUUACGCUUCAGCGCUGUCACCGGCGCUGGACAUCGGCACAGGAUGCUAUCUGCUGGUUUUAACUGUGCUCUCUGUUGUGGGAAACCUGCUUGUCCUCACCAUGGCAUUCAGGAGAUCAUCAAGGCUGAAGCCGCCAGAGCUGCUAAGUGUGAAUUUGGCCGUGACAGAUCUUGGAACAGCCGUCACCAUGUAUCCCCUGGCCAUUGCCUCUGCCUGGAGUCACCACUGGCUUGGUGGAAAUGCUUCCUGCAUUUACUACGGCCUGGCAGGCUUCUUCUUUGGGAUUGCCAGCAUCAUGAACCUCACCGUCAUGGCCAUUGUGCGUUUUGUUGUGUCCCUCAAUCUGCACUCUCCAAAGGAGAAGAUCAGUUGGAAGAAGGUGAAGAUACUGUGUUUGUGGACCUGGCUGUACGCCUUGAUCUGGGCUCUGUUCCCUAUUCUGGGCUGGGGCCGGUACGGUCCGGAGCCCUUCGGCCUCUCCUGCUCUCUCGCCUGGGGACAAAUGAAACAUGAAGGCUUCUCUUUUGUCAUCUCUUUGUUUUCCAUGAACCUGCUGAUGCCUUCUAUCAUCAUCGUUUUCUGCUACUUUGGCAUAGCUAUAAGGCUUUAUUUCACCUACAAGAAGUCUCCGACCAACAAACAUGUCCCCAAUAUCAUCAAACUGCAUCGAAGGCUUCUAAUUAUCGCUGUUUUGAUCAGCGCUGGCUUCAUAGGCUGCUGGGCGCCCUAUGGAUUGGUAAGCCUCUGGUCCAUUUUGAAUGACAGCAGCAAAAUCCCUCCUGAGGUCAGUCUGCUGCCUUGCAUGUUUGCGAAGAGCUCCACCGUGUACAACCCUUUGAUCUACUACUUCUUCAGCCAGAGUUUCAAAAGGGAGGUGAAGCAGCUGUCAUGGCUCUGCAGAGGCUCCAAUCCGUGCAGGGUUACCGACAGCGUCAACGACAACAACAUUUACAUGGUUAGCGCUAACAUCAAGUCCAAAGAAGUAGCGCUUGAAACUUUGCAGGAGAUCACAGAGUCAACAAAGUGACUCUGGGGUAAAGGAAUCGGGACAUGCAUCAAAUCUAAGACAGCAAACUUAUCAACUCUCAUCUUUUCAGGAUAGAAAAUCAUCUUCUGCAUUUUCUUUUCAUCACCAGAUAACGGGGGUCCUCUGGUGCACUGGCAGGAUGAGUAAAAAGCACUGUGUUAAAUGUUGUGAAUGUUCAACCAACAACAAUCAUGAAACUGUAUUAAAUUCAAGCUUGGAGUUUGCACCCGUAAAG